AGCGUACUCUUUUCCAAACACCCACUCACUAUAUCGUGGCUAACACUAGAGGCAGUGGCUGAUCUCGUGAUUGCCUUCGCUAUGUCAUAUUUCCUCCAGAAGCGUCGCACAGGAUUUCGGCGGAUGGACACAGUGUUACGGAAGUUAACAGCAUAUGCCAUAAGCACUGGCCUACUAACUGGCAUUCUGGCGCUGGCUAUCAUGUUGUCUGUUGGGUUCCACAGCCCCCAAUUUAUCCCCAUGAGUUUCGUCUUUGUGCUCGGAGGCGUCUAUACUACAUCCCUCUUAGCAAAUUUACAUUCGCGCUCGAGACUCUGGAGAGAGAACGGGAUUUCAAUAGAGUUGUCCCACUUUCCUUGCAAGAUACCCAAUAAUACAAUUGCCGUGACUCAGCACGUAGAAGGGGACCAUUCGGACGAAGGCACACGUGAGCAGAUUCAGGUCUUUGGUGUCGCCAGCCGAAAUUUAGGUGGGGCGAUCGAGUAAUUUGAAUCCAAAUCUCGGUGUGCCAGCAAGUACAGCGAGACUCUGCCCAGUAUCUUUAUUGAAAGAUUGGUCAUGGAAAGAUAGAAGUAGUGCAUGCAUGAGCUCGAUGGAGCAACGUUCUAUGUAAUAGAUGAUGGGUCUCAGACGAG